AUGCGGCUCCCAACUUCCCUUAAGGGGAGAGACGACUGGGAGCGCUUUGCCUUUCAGGCAGAGUCUUACCUGGCGGUCGUGGACACCAGGUAUCCAGCAGAGCUGGAAAUAGCUCGAAAGUGCAAGGCGCCACUCCAAAUGGCAGCCAUGACCGAGGAAGUGCGGACCCUUAGCGUCCGCCUCUUCGGCAUGCUGGGCAGCUGGACCCAGGACUCCGCCACAGCUGUAAAGCUGGCGCGCGGAGUGAAGGGCCAAAAUGGGUUCGAGCUCUGGCGUCUCCUGUGGCAGGAGCAUAACCCAGAGAACGAGUCCAAGAACCUCACCUGGAGGCGGACCCUGCUGAUGCCGAAGUUCCCGCCAAAGGAGAGUGACUUCUCCUUGGCUCUGCAGGAAUGGGAGGCAGAUGUGGACCGCUACGCCUCCGAGUAUGGCGCAGGGCGCGCCCUAGCAGAUGAAGAUCUGCGGGCAGUGCUGGUGACCGAGAGCCCCACCGCUCUUCGGCAACACCUCGCUAUGCACGCGGCGAGUCUUUCGACUUAUGCCGAGGUGAGGGAAGUGGUGGUGAGCUACUUGCAAGCCAAAAGGGUCUGGACCCCGAGUGCGGGCUACGCCGCCUCCUCCCGAAGGGAUCCUAACGCCAUGGACAUUGGCAGAAUAGGGGACCGAGACGGGAAGGAUGGAAAAGGCAAAGGCGACAAAGGCAAAAAGGGGGAUAAAGACCAUAAGAAGGGCAAGGGCGACCACAACGACAAAGGCAAGAAAGGGGACAAAAAGGGGAACCAGCAAGGAGGCAGAGACGGCAAAGAGAGAUGCCCCAUCUGCUGGAAAACGGGGCACACCGUAAAAGAGUGCUGGUUCAACGCCAAAGGAAAAGGCAAAGGCACCAAGGGCCAGGUGGCCCAAGUGGCCGACGACGCGGCCACGACGGUGUCAACAGCUUCCUUGGCGACUGCGGGUCCCUCCGCGUCUCAAGUUGGGGGAAGCACCGGCGGCUCUGGCGGCAAAGGCCAGGUGCGCCAGGUGCGCGACGACCGCAUCUUAGGUGUGCGGUUUGCCCCGCCUCACGACACCGAGCCAGAGGAGGACAAAAUCCUCAAGGUGUCGGGGAGUCUUCUUGUGGACUCCGGGGCGUGUGUGUCCGUGUGCAGGCCCGAGGCGUUUCCCGACCUGCAGCCCGCGGGCCCACCAAAGAGCCUUUACUCGGUGGACAACAGCCGCCUGAAAACAAAGGGCCGUGUCCAGCCGAGCCUCCUCUUAGGGGAGGAGCGUCAGUCCUGCAAGGUCAACUUUGAGGUGACCGAGGACAUAGAGGAUGAAAUCCUCAGCAUCAGCCGUGCUGUUGAGGCCGGUGCGGGCAUUUGGCUCCACCGAGAGGACAGCCACAUUUUGUGGCCCGACGGCGUCCGAGCCUCGAUCCUCAAGAGAGGGUCACAGUUCCUCCUACCCUACGAGCGGGAGCUCCCGCCGGGGUCAACAAACCGGGUGGCACCGGUGGCGGCAGAGCCACCAAACCCAGGCAAGGACCUGGGACACUACGAGUACAUCCCGGAGCACGACCUCGAAGCUCGAGAGGUAGAGGACGCGGCGAUGGAAGCAGCAGCCGACGAAGAGGCCGCAGCUGCUGAAGAGGAGGAGGCUGCGGGAAACCCCGCCCCUCUAGAGGAGCAGGCCGAGCAGCCUAACUCCAGGCCACGCGGCCUAAGGGCACCGCGCAACCCCACGGCGCAGGAACGCGCCGAGCACGAGCUCACUCACACGCCCUACCAGGCGUGGUGCGAGAAGUGCGUGGAGGGAAAGGCACGCGAGGACCCUCACCGCCGCCGUGAGCCCUCGGAUGAUCCGGUGACGCCGCUUGUCACCAUGGAUUAUCAGUUCUACAGCCGGGACGGGAAAGAAGUUGAGGAAGAAGCGUCGCUUGCCACGGUGCUGAACCUCACAGACAGGGCCACUGGCUGGACUCUGUCAGUUCCCGUGGCGCACAAAGGGCACAGACACGCGGCUUACGCCGCAGGGCUUGUGGAGCAGUUCGUGGACCGCCUGGGGUACGACAAGUUCACCCUGCAGGCCGACCAAGAGAACGCUAUAGCCUCUGUGGCCCGUGCGGUCCACCGCCGGCUGGGAGCUGCUAGGGUGCGUCUUCGGGACGCCCCUCGCGGGUCACACCAAAGCCAAGGAUCCGUGGAGGGAAGGAACGCACACCUAGCAGGCGAGGUUCGCACUUGGCUUUCGCAGCUAAGAGCGGACUACCCCGCCUUAGAGUGGGACACUUCGUCCAACCUGUUCCCGUGGCUGGUCAGGCACGUGGCCUGGCUGCAAGCCCGGUUCGGGACCAAGUCGACGGACGGGGUGACACCAUAUCGGGCAGCCAUUGGCACCGACUAUGGUGGAGCACUUUGCUCCUUUGGAGAAACCGUUCUAGCUAAGCUCCCGAGGCCCGGGAACAAAGCGCAGGUGCGCUGGGUCAAAGGGGUCUGGGCCGGCAAGCUGGAGCGCGACGACUCCCACGUGGUGCUAACCGAAGCGGGCGCACUCAACGUGAGGAGCGUCAGGCGACUCCCGCCGGAGACCCGACACCAGACGGCAGCCGUUCUUAAAGCGUGCGGCCUGCCUUGGAACCCUAGAUUUGGCCGCUCAGCGCCAGCAGAGCGCAGCGAGCCGAUGAUGGUUCCAAUCCCUCUGGCCACGCCGGCCGAAGAAACGGAGCGGCUAGAACCGCCCGGUGAGCCCUGGCUCUUCAGCGAUGGGCCGCGGCCCGACGACGAGGCCCUCUUAGUCGAAGGGGCCGAGCAGGCCACGCCCCAGCCGCCAACGACGGCUCAGGCGAAGGGGGGCAGAAGCGCGACUCUGCGGCAGCCGCCUGCAGCAAAGAGCCGGGUGGAGCCCAAAAAGGCACCGCGGCUAGGAGCGCUCACAGAGCGCGAGGUGUGGCAGCACAUCGCUGCCUUAGCCGACCCGCCGCUCACCAACCACAAGGGCGAGCGGGACGCGUGGGUUGGGCAGGUGACAGACCUGCUAGACCGGAUGCUCGACCCCAAGCAGGUCGAGCAGGCACGCAAGGAGCAGCUAAGAAAGCUGUGGGACCGAGGCGCUUUCACGCCCGUGCUGCGGUCUGAAGUACCGCGCGGGGCGCAACUGUUCAGGGCAAAGUGGGUCGACAAGUGCGACAAAGGGCGGUACAAGUCAAGGUGUACCUGUGCCGACGUCAAGGCCCGCUACAGCCCAGAACAGGAAGCUGGCUUGGACGUUUUCGUCCCAACGCCAACGCCCGAGAGUCACUCCCUACUUGAGGUAGCAGCGCUACACAACGAGGGGUGGGUCACAAGGUCUCUGGAUAUUGUGGCCGCCUUCCUCAUAGGGAGGGACCGCGGUGCGGCGGAAGGCCGCCCGGUCUACAUGCAUGCGCCUGUGGAGUGGCGCGAGCUCUUUGACCAAUGGGUCUUGGAGCAGCCUGCAAAGGACCAGCAGUGGUACCGAGACCACUUCCGGGACUUUGUGUUCCGAGUGGACGGCAACCUCUACGGCCGAAGAACGGCUGGUUCCGUCUACAGGGACGAGCUGGAAGAAGUCCUCACCGGCAAGCUGGCCAAGGAUUACGACUUCCAGCGUGGCGUGAAGGACCCGUGCGUGUACCUAGACCGCCGGUCCGGCCUGAUCCUUCUCCACCAUAUCGACGACAUCCGUGUCGCAGGCCCCAAGGCCGCAGUGCUCAAGUUCACGGAGGUAGACCUCCCGACGCACUGUGAGAUAACGGUGGGAGAACUGGAAGAGCCGGGCACAGCGGUGGAGGUCCUGGGAAGGACCAAGGUGCGCACAGAGGACUCUAUCCUCACGCUGCCCGACAGCAAGCACGCAGAGAAUGUGUGCGAGCAGCUGGGUAUCGGUCCAAAAGACAAGGGGACCGUGCCUAGCAAACCUCUAGACCUGACCAAGGUCGAGGAGCUCUCUGCGGGUGACGCCGCGAGGUUCCGCAGCGCCGUGGGUAGCGCUAUCUACCUAUCGGCGGACAGGCGAGACAUACAGGUCUGCGACUGGCUCGCUGCGGAAACCCUCGCGCGAUACCUGCGGGCAACCCCGCGGUUUGGAAGGGUGGUUGUGCUGGACCCCGCGUCCAAGAGCACAGCCCUUCUGAACUUGGAGGUCUACUCCGACUCCGACUGGGCAGGGUGCCCAGAAACGAGAAGGAGCACAGACAACAUAGUUGCCUGUCUCGGGGGAGCAGUCAUCCAGACAAGCUGCCAGACACAGCCUGGCCUCCCAGCCACCUCCAGCGGAGACGCGGAGAUCCGGGGAGUGUCAAGAGCAGCAAGGGAGGCUGUCUUCCUACGAGAGCUUGCGGAGAAGGACUUUGCCCUAGCCUGCGGCGUGCCGCGGCUCUGGGCAGACUCCGCAGCUUCGAUCGGAGCCGCCAAGCGAAUAGGCCCAGGGUCCAAGCUGAGACACCUGGAAGUCGCGGAAUUCUUUGUCCAAGGCGCGCUCAGAGCCAAACUUCUCGAACUGAGAAAAGUUAAGGGAACCGAAAACCCGGCAAACUUCGCUACCAAGCACGCGAAGACUGGACCGGAGGUGCGGCAAUCCCUGCCCUCCAUGGGCAUGGUGGACCUCGAUGCGGUCGCAGGCGCCACCGAGGCUCUGGCCCAAAAGGGCACGAUCAAGACGAUCCAGGCUAGCCCCUGGAAGAUGAGACCGCCGACCAAGCUCACGAGCUCGGCGCUCAUGGCCACAAUCGUGGCGCUGCAGGUUCGACCUGCCAAGGCCCAAGGGCACGACUUCGCAGAGCUGGUGCUCGGCUUCGCGGCCCUAGGCUUCCUGGCCUUCCUGUGGAUGCUUUGGGGUUUAGUCUCCUGGUUCUGCAGGUGCAGGCGUGACAGGCAGGAGCCGGAGCCCGAGGAUGAGAUCGAGCACCACGCCGAGCGUGCCGAAGAGCCGCCGCGUGCAGCUCAAAGGGCCACUGAGAUCUGGCUAGGGCCAGAAGAAGAAGCGCCAAACCAGGCGCAGCAACGAGGAGGUGGGCAGCAGCCCAGGGGGGCUCAAGAGCCAGAGCCUGAGGGCGAGCGGACCCCAGGUCCGCCCCCUGUGGCAGACGCGCCACCACCACCGCCGCCCGCUGCACCAAGAGUGCGGCGCAGGCGUAGGGGACCGGAACCCCUUUCGGGGGACGACGAGCAUCUCUACGAGACAGCCCGCGGUGACAAGAUCCAUCUUUUCACCAACUGCAAUGGGCUGAGCUCCGUCCCGCCGGAUCAAAUCCUGAUCGGCUUUCGCUGCCACUGUGCAGCAGAUCCUCAGAACUCCGAGUUCCUCUGGACCGGGUUCGCCUUUCAAGUGGCCACCGGCCGCGUUGUGCGCCGGUACCACGGCCAACAGCGAGGUCACCAGAGCACCAAGCCCGGCAGUGCGAACAACUCCCGCCAGUGGGUGCCUCCACCCUAA